CCAACAGCCACUUCCUCGUUGUCAAGAGUUCAGAACAUUGCCAGUCACCUACAACCGCCCAACAUGAGUACAACUUCGACUUCCACGGUCGCGACGACCAACUUCCCUACUGAGGUCGUGCCUCAGGCCCCCGAAGAUCCCCUCUUUGGCCUGAUGCGAGCCUACAAGGCCGACCAGAGCCCCGAUAAGAUUGAUCUGGGCAUUGGUGCUUAUCGUGACGACAAUGCGAAGCCUUGGGUCUUGCCUGUAGUCAAGAAGGCCGACGAAAUUCUCCGAAACAACCCCGAGCUGGAUCACGAAUAUGCCCCGAUCGCCGGCAUUCCCUCCUUCACCUCCAAGGCCGCAGAGCUGAUGCUCGGCGCUGACUCUCCUGCACUCCUGGAGAAGCGUGCCACCUCGAUACAGACCAUCUCCGGUACUGGAGCUGUCCAUCUGGGCGCUCUCUUCCUCGCCAAGUUCUACAAGGGCAACCGCAGGGUCUAUGUGUCCAACCCAACCUGGGUUAAUCACCACCAAAUCUUCAACAAUGUCGGUCUCCCCACCGAAUCCUACCCUUACUUUGACAAGAACACCAAGGGUCUUGAUUUCGAGGGCAUGAAGACUGCCAUCCGAAAUGCCCCUGAACAUUCCAUCAUCUUGAUGCACGCUUGUGCUCACAACCCCACCGGUGUCGACCCUACACUCGAGCAGUGGAAGGAGCUGGCAGAGAUCAUCCGCGAGAAGAAGCACUUCCCUUUCUUCGACUCUGCCUACCAAGGAUUUGCUUCCGGUAACCUUGCCCAGGAUGCCUCUGCUGUCCGCUACUUUAUCGAGCAGGGCUUUGAGCUGCUCAUCGCCCAGAGCUUCGCCAAGAACUUCGGUCUUUAUGGUGAGCGUGCCGGCUGCUUCCACGCCAUCACCUCCCCUGGCGAGGAGGCCACCACCACCAUUACCAGACUAGCUUCUCAAUUGGCUAUUCUCCAGCGAUCAGAGAUCUCCAACCCUCCCCUGUACGGUGCCCGCAUCGUCAGCACCGUCCUCAACGACCCCGCCCUGUUCGCCGAGUGGGAGGAGAACUUGUCCACCAUGUCCGGUCGCAUCAUCAGCAUGCGCAAGGCCCUGCGCGGUAAGCUUGAGGAGCUCGGCACUCCCGGUACCUGGAACCACAUCACCGACCAGAUCGGCAUGUUCAGCUUCACUGGCUUGACUGAGCAGCAGGUCCAGAGAUUACGUGAGGAGGCACACAUCUACAUGACCAAGAAUGGCCGCAUCAGCAUGGCUGGCCUCAAUAUCCACAACGUUGACCGUUUCGCCAACGCUGUUCACCACGUCGUAUCGAGUUCAUAG